AUGAGCGGUCACCCGCAAGAUACCAAUGCUCCGGCCAGGGCGCCCCAAGGCAGCAGCGCCGCAGCAUCUGACAGCGAGACUUCGUCUGAAUAUCAUGAUGUGGACGAUAGACUUUUACCGCACGAGCAGGCAGAUAUGAUGGCCGUUCUCGCUGGGUCCGCCGAAGAUGAAGACGAGGAUGAAGAUGACGAGGAUUAUGACCCUGCCUGGUUGAAUGCCCCAGUCUCCCACGAACAUGACGACGACAUUAUUGACUUUGUCGAUGCCGAGGAAGGCGACGAGGACGAGGAAGACGAGGAGGAAGAUGAAGAUGAUGAUGAUGAUGGGAUUGAAUUACAAGGAACAAUUCCUCUGUUGACCAUUCUACAAGCUGCCAGAAGCGGCCACUGGAGCAGGAAUCAGAUUCUCAGCCUUUUAGGGGAUCCUGAACAGCUCGCGGCCGAUAUAGACGAUGAAGAUGACCCAUCACCGUUGUCACAAAUCUUGAGAAGAGGCCGACGUCAACCCAAAGAUCCCAAUCGCUUCCCCAAAGUACCCAGUAUCGAGGGCGAGAAGCUUAUGCGAUCGGGCGUCUUUGGUUCAAACGAGAGUGCAUUUGACCGGCGUAUGCGGAAGCAGGUAUCGAGGCGGAUACUUGACCGAGAACUUGGGACCGUCGACUACGACGCUAGAAGACGAAACCAUGGACUUCUGGCACAGAGCCUCCUACCCACCACACAAGCCGAGAACAUCAUUCAUUACGACGAUCCUGUCUAUUCAGGACAAUUCUCGGAUGACGGUAACUUCUUCUACUCCGUCUGCCAAGACUUUCAGGUGCGAAUGUACGACACGUCGAAUCCGUAUAAUUGGAAACACUACAAGUCGGUGCACUAUCCCUGGGGCCAAUGGACCUUGACAGAUGCCUCCCUCAGUCCGGACAACAAAUGGCUAGCAUAUACGUCCAUCUCGCCGCUGGUCUGUAUCGCACCCACCGAUCCUCUAGAUACCGGAGACCCGUACAACCUCGAUUUGAGCGAAGACCAUCAAGCCCGCCGUGGGCAUUGGGGCCGACCAGGAGGGUUCACAGGUAUUUUCUCUGUCCGGUUCUCUGGUGACGGGAGAGAGCUGGUGGCUGGAACCAACGGUGGCUCCUUAGUGGUAUAUGAUAUUGAGUCUCGGAGGGUGCUACAUCACAUCGAGGGCCACUCGGACGACGUCAACGCUGUCUGUUUUGCGGACAAGUCCUCGCCGCACAUCAUCUACUCCGGCUCAGACGACUCCACAGUCAAGGUGUGGGACCGCAGAAGUAUGGGCGACAAACGAGAGGUCGGCGCCUUCGUCGGACACGUCGAAGGGAUCACCUACAUUGACAGCAAGGGUGACGGCCGCUACAUUCUCAGCAAUGGCAAGGAUCAGAGCAUGAAGCUCUGGGACGUGCGCAUGGUCAUGUCCAGACGCCAAUUCCGCGACUUGGAUCCACAGAGACACACGCGCUACAGAAGCUACGACUAUCGCAUGGGUCGAUAUGACGAGGAGGAUUGGGACCCCCAUCCCCACGACAACUCGGUCGUCACGUUCCGAGGACACAAGGUGCUCAAUACCCUCAUCCGCUGCCACUUCUCCCCCCCUAACGCGACCAAUUCGCGCUAUGUGUACUCGGGCAGCAGAGAUGGCAAAGUUUACGUGUGGAACAUGGAUGCCACGCUGGCUCGGGUUAUCGACGUCCAGAAGGCGACAAAGGACUCGCGCGAGCGAGACGGGGAUAGUUCCCGGAGAUAUUACCGCUUUGAUGACGGCGGUUCAUGGUCAACUUGCGUGCGUGACGCCAGCUGGCACCCCAACGCGCCUUUCCUCGUUGCAUCCGCGUGGAAUGGAUACAGUCUUGCCAGGGGGACCUGUUCGCUACAUUCCUUCAAUGAGGGCCUGAAUGAUGAAGGCGACCCGCCAAUGUCCUGCAACUACGACCCCAAGAUGCGCAAACCUGAAUGGGAAGAGGCCUACUGA